GAGCGGAAGUGUGCCUGUAAAUCUUUCGGAGUAGUUUCCUGUCUUGGGUGGUGGCUACAAAGUUUCUUACGCGACUUUAUUCCUGUGCGUGGGAAUGAUAGUACCGAUAAAAUAGUUUUAUACUUUACAGUUGUGCUUAUUUUAGUCGACAUCGUUAAUUUGACUCGAAUAAUUUCGCGCUAAGCGAGAGUAAUAAUCUGAAGACUCAAUGCAGGCCAUCAAGUGUGUGGUCGUCGGGGACGGGGCUGUGGGUAAGACAUGCCUGUUGAUCAGCUACACUACCAAUGCGUUCCCCGGAGAAUAUAUCCCUACAGUAUUUGAUAAUUAUUCUGCAAAUGUGAUGGUGGAUGGGAAACCAGUAAAUCUGGGUCUCUGGGAUACAGCAGGACAGGAGGAUUACGACAGACUUCGUCCCCUGUCUUACCCUCAGACAGAUGUGUUUCUCAUUUGCUUCUCACUUGUGAGUCCUGCCUCUUUUGAGAAUGUUCGUGCAAAGUGGUAUCCAGAAGUGAGACAUCACUGUCCAAACACUCCCAUCAUACUGGUGGGCACAAAGCUUGAUCUGAGAGAUGAUAAGGAUACUAUUGAGAAACUGAAAGAGAAGAAACUCACUCCCAUCACCUAUCCCCAGGGCCUGGCCAUGGCCAAAGAGAUCGGUGCUGUUAAGUAUCUGGAGUGCUCAGCGCUCACUCAGCGUGGUCUGAAGACAGUUUUUGAUGAGGCUAUCCGGGCUGUGCUGUGUCCUCCACCAGUGAAGAAGAGGAAGAGGAAAUGUUCCCUGCUCUAGAGUUAGAACUAAACAAUGCUGUGAUCCAAACUGUAUUUUCGGGGGAGACAUUAACUGCUCCUCCAUUGUAACUACCAAUACAACUUUACACCUUCAUCAAUAUUUUUGAUAGAUGUAGUAAAAUGUAUUCCCAACCCAUCUAUCAUAGGCAAAUACACUGUCAGACUACUUGUGGACCGAUUUUAACACUAAGAAGAAUGUUAACAAUG